CAGUUGGCUCGGAGACAGUCUCCGAAACCUAAACGUUGCCGCAGUUGCAGAAACUCUCUCUCUUUGCAGCCAUCACCAGGGCCUCGCAAUCGGAGCAGAAGUGGACGCGAUACCACACGCCAGCCACCAUGAAAUUCUCUCCGCGUGUGAGCAGCUCCAGGCGCAAGUCGCGGAAGGCGCAUUUUAGUGCGCCAUCUAGUGAACGCCGCAUUCUUAUGAGUGCUCCCCUUUCGUCUGAACUUAAGAACAAGUACAAUGUACGCUCUGUUCCCGUAAGGAAAGAUGACGAGGUCAUGGUUGUUCGAGGCACAUACAAGGGCCGAGAAGGAAAGGUCGUCCAAGUUUACAGGCGCAAGUGGGUGAUCCAUAUUGAGCGAAUCACUCGUGAGAAGGUCAAUGGUGCAACUGUUGAUGUUGGUAUUGACACAUCGAAGGUGGUGAUCACGAAGCUGAAGCUUGACAAGGACCGGAAGGCCCUUCUUGAGAGGAAGGGUAAGGGUCGUGACGCUGAUAAGGGCAAGGGCAAGUUCAGUGAUGCGGAUGUGGCUCCUCCUCUUCAAGAAGUCGAUUAGAUUAUGCCACUCACGACUAGGAAGAGUGCACUCGUCAUGGAAAUGUAUUGCUUGUAAGUCUUUUAAUCAAAUCACUCACUGGCCUUCACCCUUACAAUUAUCUUCUUAUUGAGCGAAGAGGUCUUGUAUGGACUUCAAGGUCAGCUUUUGUUUGGAUUUC